UAGAUGGCCGACAUGACGAUUGCAUAAAAUCAUUGAGUGUGUUUUCUUGUCAACCUUUUACAAUAACAUUUACGAGUUGUUCGGAAGUUCAUUAACAACCGACAAGAAAGCUAUUCACAGCAAGUAAAACAGCUGGUUGAUCAUACUAUUUUUGAAUCCGAUCAAAGUUAUUUUGCGUUCAAGAUAUUAUUGCAGAAAUGAGAUUUAAGAAUCGGUUUUUAGAUUUUCAUCUCUUAUUGCGUUGUUCGGCGUUGCCUUCGAUCGCUCGAUGUAGAGCGUAAUGUAAAAGGAAUUGCUUUUUAAGAGACUAUUUUUAUUGUGUAUAAAGAUGGGGUGCUUCAAAUGUUCAUCGUUCAGAUCCUGUUGGAACUCCACGAAAAUGUUUUUAAUUUCACCUGAGGAAAGUGUUCGCAGGAAACGCAGAUUACUGCUAGGAAUUCUUGUUUUACUACUGGUUAAUGUCAUAUGGGUCGCAUCAGCAGAACUCAGUUCAUAUAUCUUUCAAGAUGAAGGUUACAAUAAGCCCUUCUUCUCAACGUACUUCAAGACUUCAGCAUUCAUGGUUUAUUUAGCAGGAUUUUUGUUUUACCAACCGUGGCAGUAUCAGUGCCUCUUGUGCUUUAGGAAAAAAGUACAGAAACCUUCAAGGGCCAUCAGAGUGAUGUCAAACAAUGGUGUUAUAACCCCAGCAAGAGAGAACAGCUCAUUACUUUCAAGCCCACAAUCCUCAAGAUCAUCUUCUCCUGGUCUCACACAGAGACAGUACUUGACUGAAUCUGUAUUUGAACCAAUCACAGAUGAGGAGAUAAGUCAAGCAAAUGAAAAUCUAUGUGAUGCUGAGAAUGGCAUAAAUGAUACCAGACAUGUGCGUUUUAAUAAUGUUAGAGAAGUCAGACAUUUAAAAGCUGAUAAAUAUUCACAUUAUGCAAGAAUGUCUCAUGUUGUUUCCGAACGCUUAAAAGAUGUGGCUAAAACAGCAUCAGAAAAAAUCAAUUUGUCAAGAGUUUCAAAAAUAGCCGUGACAUUUUGUUUCCUGUGGUUCUUGGCGACAUUGGGAUAUCAAGAGGCUUUAAAUGAUACAUCACCUGCUGCAGUCAACAUACUUUCCUCUACCUCAGGACUAUUUACUCUUCUACUUGCGGCAGUAUUUCAAAGCUCACCUUCUGAUAGAUUUACUCUCUCAAAGGUGUGUGCUGUUGUAUUAAGUAUUUGUGGCAUUACCAUGGUAAUCCUGUCAGAUACGAAGAGCACCAAGGCUGAAGUAAACUAUGGAGCUAUAUGGGCUUUGGCAAGUGCGUUUCUAUAUGCAUGUUAUUUAGUGUUUUUGAAAAAGAAAGUCCCGGAUGAGAGUAAAAUAGACAUUCCAAUGUUCUUUGGUUUUGUUGGACUGUUCAACCUAGUUCUACUAUGGCCAGGAUUCUUUAUUCUUCAUUAUACGAAAGUCGAACGAUUUGAGUUACCACCGAGUAUACAUGUUUGGGGAUACUUGACGUUAAAUGCUAUAGUUGGAACUGUUGUCUCUGAAUUUUUAUGGCUUUGGUCAUGACGUGUCUGAAGAAGUGUCUUGUUAUUCUACGUAUCACCAGUCCUCCUAACCAAUUUGAAGAUGAACAGCGGCAAAACCUUAUUGAAGAGGAAGAACAACAUGAUAGCAUUAACCAAGUACCCACGUGACGUCAUGCUCACGCCAUACCAUUAGCCAAUUAAUACAAUGCAUGCAUGACGCAUACCUUGAACAGCAUGCCAGCUCUUUUUCGUUUGCACGUUACGUCAUCGCGGCCAUGUUGGUACCAUUUAACAAAAGAUUUCUCAUUAGCAUCCAUUGUUAACGGUACCACAAUGGCCGCCAUGUUUUUGUCUUUUAACUCUCUUGGGAAUGCUAGCUUGCAACCCAUCAAUCUCUUCUCUAGGCAGAACUAGACACAAGACAGGAAACGUUUGAGAUUCUAUUUAGUACUUUUAGUUUUAUUUUAUUUUUUAAAACACUUUACACUUUAAUGAAUAUUUAGAUAAGCCAAAUUACAUUCAAAAAGCUUAAACAUAGAAGAGACCUUUAGCAUCAGGUUUACCGUUGACCGCUAGAGAUGAGGCCCAGAAACACAACCGCAAACACGGACUAACAUUCAGCAUCAAUGAAAUUUAAUAUGGCGGCUCUUCCAGCGACUUUGUUAUGACGACUUGCUAAAUGUCUAAAGAUUGACCAUAGUUAACUGUGGUUUGACGGAAAACGCCAGACGUCGAACUACAGUUUGAGGUUUGCAGUACCUAGCAAGAAAAAGUCGUGCUCAAUGUCUCUAUUUUCGUUCCAAGACUGAGUUAGCCAAAUUGUACGAUUUUGGUUAUGAGGAGGCUCUACAAGAAUGGUUCAAUAAUGAGCCAGCGAGUGCGACGUCGCGUAAGUCUAGUAGAGUCCGUACGUAAUCGUUGUAACGUUAAGAAAAUGUAAAUAUAUGAAAUUGAAAAAAAUAAUUACGAUACCGCAAAAA